CCCAAACUUCAUCAUCAUAUCAUCAUCCUUUCCAUUCAGAUCGAAACCCAUAAAUUAUAUGGCGCCGUCUAACAAUCUCUUCCUCGUCGCCACCAACAACGCCAUGCUUCUCUUCUUUUUCGUCCUCGUGCUGAGGACCAACGUCCUCGUCGGGGCCGCGGGCAGGCCGCUGGCGGAAUCUCCGGGCAACAAGUCCUCCGUGACUUACGCCGUGUUCAAGCCGCCGGCCGACGUCGGGCCGACGACGAUGUUUCACGGUGGCAGGGAGGUCAACGGCUGUCUGCCUAAAGGGUUUCAUCGCAAUUCGGCUCCCAGCCGCUACAUCAACUUGGAGCCUCUAGGAACAAGUAGUAGUACAAUAAUGUGCGACACGGGGAAGCACUGAUAAACUCAUCAUACAUGUAUACGGUGACAGAAAUUUGGGGUUCUUUGAAUGACAUGAUCACCACGAACAUAUCUUGUGUGUCUAUAAAUAAAGCAUUUGUGACCUAAGAUCUCUCUAUGACAUGAUCUCACGACCAUAUUCGUUCUCACGGUAUUAUCAUUCAUUUCUUCCGGGCAGCUUGUGAUAGGUUGGGUGUGGAGUCUUCGUUCGAUGCUUUCUGUCUGCUAUAUACAAUGCGCGGUUCGGACAACUGCUGGUCGUGCUUCAGGCGGGAGUAUCGCAUGGGUUUUGUGUACGACACGCCCAAGCUGGACUCUCCUUGGUUUAAAGAAUACUUCUUUGCUCGUCCUACUGGGAAGUGGUAUGCUGGUGAUGUAGAACCGCUGACUGGUUUUGUGGUUGGUGUUAAGAAAGAUUGGAAUGCUGACCUUGACUCUCUCGCUCAUUUCAAAGACCUUCUCAAACGAAUAAUGUCAAUCGUUCAAUUCCAGCUUUUCCGUAAAUAAAAGAGAAUAAAUAAAGCUCAAUCAACGAUUAAGAUUAGAGUGUACUAAGUUUAUAAACUAAGUAAUUCCUACCGUAAUUCUCUGUUUUUUUUAUGGAAUUUAAAGGGGGAGGGAAAGAGUUGGGGUUCCAAUGCAUGAAUGUCUAUAUCCUUACACCCAUCUACAACUAUGACAAGUUGUUUGAAUCGUAUGGUGAGUAUAGAGAAACUAGAAAUUAAUUUGGAGCUACGAGUGGGUUUAAGAGGAUUGAACGUGGAAAUAUAGGGACUCCGACAUUCGACAUUAAUUAAUUUGGAUGGCAUACAUGUCGGGGGAUGAUGAAUGUAUGAAUGCAUAUACCCCUACAUAUCGUGAAGGUACAAAUGCAUAUAGCUCCGAUGGUAGGUUUGUUUUCACUCUCAAUCGUUCAUCAUCAGUCGAAUGCUACCUUGACUCUGCUACUUCUAACGCUCGAACUGUCCGAGCUCCUGCAAGAGGAUUAGCUCAAGGGAAAGCACUUGAAGUAACGGAUGAGCGCCCUAGCGCAUAAGGACUAGACUUCUCUAAAGUUGAAUGAAAGUAGAUAUUUUAGUCAAAGACAUUCAAAGAAAGCCAUUUAUCGAGAGUUGUGACAGGUGAUGAGCAUCAAUGAGAUGACUUGAACUGACCUUCUGUUGAAACUAAAAUUGCCAUAGAUCGCGAUUCUUCGUCUGAUCCUCCUGUGUAUUCAUCAUUGCAUCCUUUUCUUUUUCAAUCUGCCUAUCUGCCUCUUCAAAUGAAAUCAAAAGAAAAGCACAUAGGAAAGAUGUAUCCAUCAAUUAACUUGAGAAAAUGGGUCAAUGAGCAGAAUCACAUUCACAGCAUGUACAGAGAGGAGGAAUGUGACUGAUGAACGUUUCGCCAAAGCAGUAGAGAAAGGAAAUGAGAUUAUGUAUGAGCAUUAUCAGUAAGCUUUAUCAAGCUAGACUUGUGUACAGUGGCGGAGCCACUUGAAGAGGAGGAGGUGCUUUGCACCCCCUUGGGUUUGGAGAAAUUUUUUUCGAGUAGAGGUAUAUACAAAUUCGAAUCAAUGACCAUUCAGUUGCAGGAAGAAUUUCUUAUCAUUUCGAUCGAAUGAGUUUUGUUAUGUAAUGCACUUUCGUCUUUAUUUAUAGUAAUAAAUUGUUGUCUUUUGU